AUGGGAUCCCGGGACCAACCCGCGGGCCUCCCGGGAGCAAAUGGAGGAGGAGACUUUGGGGGCGGGGCCCAGGAGCGCCGAGUGAAAGAUCGGGGGUCCCCGCAGCAGCCGCCCCUUCCUUUCCUCCCCCUCUUCUCUUCCGAGCACGCGCUCGCGCGCGCUCUGGAAUACCCACUCCCUCCCCCUUUGGGAAAGGCUGGCAGUCCCCGCGGGGGCCGGUCUCCUGGGGAGCGGGACCAGACAGGGGCGGGGAAGCAGCCCCCGCUGCUCCCUGGCCAGGGCGCGGGGAGAAGCUCGGGCAUCUCUCCCCGCUGGCGGCCGGCUGUCCGCAGGCAGGAGCGCAGGCCGGCCUGGAGGUGGUGCUCACUGGCCCUCCUCGGCCGCUGCCAGGCUUCUCUGCGCGUUGCCCGGACAGCUGCGCUGCGCCUCCCGGAGGGGGAGGAGCGGCCGGCGGCCGGGCGAGCGGUCGCUGGGACUCUCAGUCCCUUUACCUCACGUCUUGUCCCCCAACCAGCAUCCUUCCCCGCGCGACCCGCGCGCCUCGGUGUGCCGCGAGAGAGGCUGGCCCAGGAGCCAACGGUGGGCUAUGCUGGAGGCGCGGCGCUAACUUCCGAGGGCUUUGCCAUGGACGGGAAGAUCCGAGGCUGCAUCGCCUGGGUGCCGGUGCUGGGGGGCCCCGGGCCUUUCCUGCGCCUCGUCCGCCGCCCUGUGCUGUGGUUAGCGGGGCUCUUGGUGCUGCUGCUGACCCUGCCGGCCUCCUGCGCUGCAGAUGAACUCUCUCUGGAGCAACGAAAUCUUUCUUUAUACUCUGUGGAGCUCAUGUUGAAGAAGAACACGGUGCAGACCACUACGCAUGCGGCCUUAGCAGAAACUGUACCAGAAUCCCAGGAAAACAAUUAUCUCCACGUGGUACUAUCUUCAUCUGCCACUUCUUUUGGCACAACCUUUUUUAACCAAGAAAAAAUGAGCCGAAACACAGCAGAACUAAAUAUCUCAGUUGUAGAUUAUUUCUCAGUGACAAGUAAUGAGGCAUUCCUAAAUGAUGAUGGAUUGGUUCAUUCAUUUCCAGAUACACACUGGACUGCUACAUCUUCUCCAGUGGUGCAUGCCACAGUGAGUCAAUUAGAGCCAUCAAUAGAAACUGUGCUAACACCUUCAUUCCCAAUUACCUCUUUACACACUAAAGAUAUAAUAGCAACCUGGCAAAACGCAAUGCAGCCACAGAUGACGUCUUUCAGUGACGUGUUCGGCCUCGUUAAUGUUGCCACUGAGACAGAUCAUUUCUCUUCAGAUGGCAUUGUUCUGACCCCAAGUAGCAAUCUUUUGCUUUAUUCCACUGACUUUCCAGUAUAUUUACCAAGUAUUGCAGUGGUAGAAGCUGUGGCUUCAGUGACAGGAGAUGUGGAAAAAAGCAUGCUGUUCACCCCUCAGUCUUCAUUACAGCAGCCACUGAGUGGUAAUGUUAUGGAGCAGUUAAGCUUUUUCAGCAUUCCCAUGAGUGAGACAACACCACUUGUUAUGGUAACAAGUACAGAAAAAUACCCUGAAAUGUACCCUGAUAUGAAUCAAAGCAGAGAAGAGAUCUUGGCUCCAAGGACCUCCCUGAUUACAAGUAUUUCACAGGCAGAACUAGCUUUUAUGAGCAGCAUAAACUCUGCUUUGUUUUCUUCUAGUCUUCCAUUUGUAUCUUUUCCCACACAACCAGAUGAUGUUUCAACUAACCCUUUUCUUCCUAGCAACUUCAGUGAAACAUCAGAAUUCCCUGGGAAUUCAAUAGUAGCAAAUCAUGGUGGCUAUACCGAGUUCAUCAGUCCUCUGCCCUCAUUCACACCCUCUACACAAUGCACUCAUUGCAGUUUGGUUCCAUCCCAGCAAGUUCUUUCAACAAGUCUCAUAGAGAAAGAUAUGGGUUCAGGAGAUGAUGCUGAGACAUUGUCUUUUUCCGUCUUUCAAGCAAGUAGCAGCAUGCUGCUGAGUAGCGUAAUUGCCGAUUUCCCUGAUUUUGAGGAAAGAGCUCAAGAGUUUGACACCUCUUUCCCCUCAAGACCUAUGGUGUCACUGUCUUCCAGAUUCAUGGAAGUUUCUGAUGUCAACAUUAGUAUUUCAGCUUUAAUGGAUGUGGUUCCAAUUAGUGCUGUGUCUACAUCAAUAUACCAAUUCUCUGAGAAACCCUCUGUAGGAAAGUUAUCUGACUCUGCUUCCUACAGCUUCCUGUCUGUUCCAGAAAUUGAAGUAUUACCAUCUGGUGCAAUAGCAGUAUCCGGCAUUACCAGUGUUCUCCUUGACUCAUCUUUCUCUAUCAUUUCGAAUACAAUUGUGCCAUCAGUUGCUAUUGGAAAUGAAAAUCUUUUUGAGUCUCAUGAGUUAGCCCCUUCAAUAGAGCCUUUAUUUUUCUCUGAGCAGAAGUCUGCCAGUUUUGCAGAAGAUGAAUCUAGAAGCACUUUGGAUUUUGCAUCCAGUAUCUUCUCAACUCCUCUUUUGAAUUUCACUGGCCUGGUACCUUCAUCUUCUGAUAUUGUAACCUUGAAUUAUGUGAUGCCAAAUGAUUUGUCAACAUCUUUUUCUCAGACCUUGUCAACCACAGUAGAGACAUUUAUACUAUCUGACUCUCUUAGUUUGCAGUCACCUCAGUUUUUGGCCCAUAGCACUACAGACCUUGAGUUUUCGCAACUGUGGCAGAAUUCAGAUCAUCAUUUAAAUACACACCCUGUUCCAUCCAUAAAUUAUUCUGAAAUAGCACCAUCAUCAAGUUUCUCAUCUCAUCCCUUUAGGUUCUCUGAAGCAUCAUCAAUUUUACGGCCAGAUUUUGAAGUUUAUAAUACCUCAGUUUUCACAGAAACUACCUCCUACCUUGAGUUUUCCUUCACUUCCCAUGAAACUGUAGUUCCCACACUAUUUGCUUCCAGUUUUGAGUCACCUUCAAGUAUUUCAGUCAUUGGAUCCCAAUUGCCAUCACAGUCGACUGUUCUUCAGAUGACACCCUUUUUAGCUGAAUCUUCAGUGAUUUUCUCAACACUUAAUCCUUUAGAUGAGCAUACCAGUGCUCCAGAAGAUUAUAAAUUUGGCUCAUUUUCCAAGACCAUUCUUAGUACUGUAUUAUCUAUAACCGAUAUGUCCUUGUCACCAUCAUCUCCAUCUCCAAUGUCCUCAUCUAUAUCUGAGUUUAUCCUUUUACCUUUAUCUACAGAGCCAGUGUUUGUGGGCUCAUCAUUUGUACCCACAGAGUCACCCAAGCCUUUAAACACUGUAUUUAGCAGAGUUAAUAUGAGUGCUGCUACUGUUGAUACUACCCUCAGUUACAAAACAAUGAAUCAGGGUCCAAAUGAGAGUAGCACAACUCCUGUCUCACACCCUAUGGACCCCAUCACUCAUUUUGUGACUACCACUGAAGCUCUGAUUGAAACUCCAGCCUUGAUAACUACCAAGCAGCCAUAUGUGUGCGAUAUUACAGUUCCUGAUCCCUACUUGAUCACGGCUGUGCUGGCCCGAAGAGCUGUGCAGGAAUACAUCAUCACAGCAAUCAAGGAAGUGCUGAGGGUCCACUUUAGCCGGGCAGUAGAACUGGAGGUUUAUGAAAUCUUCCCCGACUUCUCUUUCCUGGUUACUUCUGGUCCUUUCAUUUACACAGCAAUUGCGGUCAUAAAUGUUCUUAUAAAUAGCAACCUUGUCCGGGAUCAGGCUCCUUUGAUUCUCUCAGUACAACCUUCCUUCACUGUGCCAGACACCAGAUUUCAAGUUCAAACAGUCCUUCAGUUUGUGCCUCAGAGUGUGGACACUGGCUUCUGUAAUUUCACCCAGCGCCUUGAGAAAGGCCUCAUGACAGCAUUCACCGAAGUAAGAAAACACCAGGGAACUUACAACUUCACGGUGCAGAUAUUAAAUAUAACUCUGGGGACAUCAUGGACAGCUCCUCGCCAGGGACCAGUCAAUAUUAUAUUUGCUGUUAAAAGCAAGAAAGGGUUCUUGAAUGGAUCAGAAGUCAGUGAAGUUCUCAGGAACUUGAGUAUGGUGGAAUUCAGUUUCUAUUUGGGAUAUCCUGUGCUGCAGAUUGCUGAACCCUUCCAGUAUCCCCAACUCAAUUUAUCUCAGCUGAUGAAGUCAUCUUGGGUAAGAACAGUUCUCCUGGGUGUCUUCGAGAGGCAGCUUCAGAAUGAGGUAUUUCAAGCUGAAAUGGAACGGAAACUGGCCCGGUUGCUCAGUGAAUCUUUGGCCAGAAGGCGGGUAUGGAGACGAGCCACCUUUGCAGGAAACAAUGUGGUGCAGGUUGUUAAUGUCUCCCGGCUAGAAGGUGAUGACUAUCCAGUCCAACUAAUCUAUUUUGUAGAAGAUCAAGAUGGAGAAAGGCUCAGUGCAGCAAAGUCUUCAGAUAUGAUCAACAGGAUAGAUAUCCAGAGAGCUGCCAUUAUCAUGGGCUACCGCAUCCAGGGCAUAAUUGCCCAGCCGGUAGAUCGGGUGAAAAGGUCACCUUCUGGGUCCCAAAGCAAUAACCUGUGGAUCAUUGUUGGCGUGGUGAUUCCAGUGAUUGUGGUGAUGACCAUCAUUGUCAUUCUCUAUUGGAAACUCUGCCGCACAGACAAAUUGGACUUCCAGCCUGAUGCUGUGAGCAACAUCCAGCAGCGUCAAAAGCUUCAAAUCCCUAGUGUGAAGGGCUUUGAUUUUGCCAAGCAGCAUCUGGGUCAACACAAUAAAGAUGACAUAUUGAUUAUUCAUGAGCCAGCACCACUGCCAGGACCAGUGAAGGAUAACACUACUCCCUCGGAAAAUGGAGAUGUGCCAAGCCCCAAGUCAAAGAUCUCUUCAAAGAACAUCCGUCACAGAGGAAGAGUUUCUCCCUCAGAUGCUGACUCUACAGUAAGCGAAGAGUCCAGUGAGAGAGAAGCUGGGGAAAAGCCAUCAGGAAUUGUCAAUGAGGGCAAAGCACGAAGAGUGCCCCCAAGUGGACCACCACUCACCGGCCCUGGAAAUGAACAGCAUUCAUCAGCAUCAAUCUUUGAACAUGUGGAUAGGAUAUCCCGCUCUUCAGAAGCUAGCAAACGGGUCCCCAGUAAGAUCCAGUUGAUUGCCAUGCAGCCAAUCGCAACACCUCCAGUUCAGCACCCAGUGCUAACUGAUCGAGUGGCAGAAACUAACAAAAUCAACAAAGAGAUUCAGACUGCCCUUCGGCAUAAGUCGGAGAUUGAACACCACCGAAACAAGAUACGUCUCCGGGCCAAGCGCAGAGGACAUUAUGAUUUUCCAGUGGUUGAUGACCUGUCAGUGGGCGACACCAAAGAACGACAUCGGGUGUAUCGAAGGGCUCAGAUGCAGAUUGACAAGAUCUUGGACCCUGCAGCCAGUGUGCCUACUGUGUUCAUAGAGCCAAGAAAGAGUUCCCGUGCAAAACGCUCUCCAAAGCAGCGCCGGAAGCACCAGAUCAAUGGAAGCCCCACUGAUGCUGAGAAGGAUAGACUGAUUACUACCGACAGUGAUGGCACCUAUAAAAGGCCACCAGGAGUCAAUAAUUCUGCCUAUAUUGUAUGCUUGAUGUUUAAUUUUUCAGAUCCUGACCUGCCUGCAGAACCUCAGUCACCUUCCUCCACUGACCUAGGGAAAUAUCCAGGCUUGCCCUUCCCUGCUUCCCAGUACAUCCCACCCAAGCCAUCUAUCGAAGAGGCGAGACAGACGAUGCAUUCCCUCUUGGAUGAUGCCUUUGCUCUGGUGGCUCCCAGUAGCCAAGCAGUUCAGCCUCCUUCUGGUACCACACCUGGAGUCACAUCAGGUCUACAGAUCAACAGCACUCCUGCCCAAGAAGAGCGGCGAACCACCCAAUGGGGUUCCUUCUAUGGCCCCACGCAGACAACCAACAAUGCGUGUAGUAGAUAUGAAGACUAUGGAAUGACUCCUCCGUCAGCACCAGGCCCACUAUCAAGACCAAAUUUUGGCCCUGGUUUGCUCCAGUCUUCAGAACUGUUACCAACUGAGUCACAGCAUACCCAGUCAUCGGCUGAGGCUUCAUUUGCCACGCGAGGGAUCUAUCCAGAAGAGGUACCAUCAGUGGCUCGGCCUCGACCUGUUGGAGGCACUUCAGGUUCACAGAUGCAGCAUCUCACCCAGGUGGGCAUCGCCAGCAGGAUUGGGACACAGCCAGUAGAGAUUCCGUCCAGCAGAACAGGCCAGUAUAGUGGGUCAGGAUGGCCUUCCUAUCAUGGGGAAGAUGAAUCAGAGAGGCGAGACGUUACUCAUGGGCUUGGACACCAAGAGUAUUCUUCUUCACCACUGUUUCAGGUGCCAAGGACUUCAGGUAGAGAGCCCUCCGCACCACCAUCUCACCUCCCCCACAGGAGCCUCCAAGGACCAGGGCUGUGCUACAACAACGCCAGUUCUACAGAAGACCUCCAGCCAGGGCAUUCCUCCGCUUCUCUCAUCAAAGCCAUUCGAGAGGAGCUCCUUCGACUCUCCCAGAAACAGGCCACAGUGCAGAACUUCCAUAGCUGAUCCAUCCUUCCCUUGCAAAUUUGCCAAGUAUCUGCUUCCUAUGGAAGUAAGACUAAAA